CGGAUAUCCGCUUUGCUCUGCGCGAGGAGAAACUCCGCCGCACGUGGAUUUCAGAAGAAAAAAAGCGUGUUACCUGCAACUUGUGUGAUUUUGUCGCUAUAAAACAACCUCGUCGACAUAUUUUGAAGCUUUAAAACAAGUUAUCGUCGAGAUGUUUCUGCAGUUUUACCUGAAUGAGAACGGAGACAGAGUCUACACUCUGAAGAAGAUUAGUCCUGAUGGGCAGCCCACCAGCUCAGCCCACCCGGCUCGCUUCUCCCCAGAUGACAAGUUCUCCCGACACCGGGUGGUAGUGAAGAAACGCUUCGGCCUUCUGCUCACCCAGCAGCCCAGACCUGUCCUGUGAGAGAGAAGUGGAGAGACGGAGGCGAGAGAUGGAGGGAUGGAUGGAGGGAUGAAGGCGAAGAUGGGACUGUAAAGCAGAAAGUCAAACAACACAUUCAGGAUCACAACUUGUGAACGUGCGACCAGGACUUGUCCUCAGUUUCACCCAAAUGUAUGGGGCUGUUAAUGCUCAGUUAAUGGUCAUCAGCUGUUGAUGAUAUUAUGGGUCUUCUUUUUAUUACUGCUAUUUGUUGGCAUUCAUUUAAGGAUAAUGGGAUCAUUUUGUUUUAAUGCUGAAUAAAUGUUUUGUUAAUGGUU